AUGGCCACUUUAUUGACUCUACCAGAUGAAAUCCUCGGAAUCAUCAUAGAAUGUGUCUUGGAAGGCGUAGAGCCGAGCAACAAAGCCUGGAUGGCUGCGCACCUCCAGCUCGUCUGCGAAAGACUGAGGCCUGUAUUCGAACCUGUGGCAUGGCGGACAUUGGUUGUAUACUGUGGAAGACCAGGAAGAUCUAGAACCGAUCCAUGGGAGUACGUCAGGCACAAUAGCACCGACGCUCUGACAAGCUUUCGCAAAUACAGGGAGGGUUCGCUCUUCGCGUGUGUCAAAUUGCUCAAAAUCGUCUGUCCAGACCGUCUCCCAAAGUAUGCGACUCAUUACCCUGAUUCCGACCAAGUGUAUGAGCCCAUUUCAUCCCUACCUUCUCUGAAGAACAUCAUUCUAGUCGAUGUUACACUCGAUGCGCUCCCAAUACCAGAACACCACUGCAUUGUUCCUCGCCCCCUCCUGUCGUUGCACCUCAAAUUUUGUCGCACCACGAUUAACGGCUUGAAUACGCUUUUCCAAAAGUUCACUGAGGUGUCAGAGGUGACUGUGUGUGCAACGGGUGUGCCAAUGACAGCUGUGGCAGUACUUCCAUCAAAAGCUGGAAUGAUCUUGAAGGGAGACGUUUUGUGGCCGCAAACCAUUGAACGGGUUCCUGUAGCUGGGGGGAGUGCACCGAGGACCACAAUCCACAAAUUUACAGCAUGCUGCACUCAAUUCAGCAACAUCUUUGAUUGGCUGAACAGUGAGGAUUCGUGGUACGAUCACAGUGGUAUCAAGAAUCUGAGGGUUGAUGGGGAGGUAAUGCAAAAUGACUCGGUGGGGCUGGACAAAUUUUUACAGGGAUACGGACGUGAUCUGACGACGCUAGCCUACCAAACACGAUUAAGGACUCUGUCUCAGGAAGGCAAUUGUAUCCUGGAAACAUUGGCCAUCUCCUUCGAUGCCGACGCUUUUGGCGAGAACGGAACACUGCCGUUUGGUCUGCAGGAUUUGGUCGGUCCCAUACGCACAUGCCUUACGAACUAUCAGUCCAUCUACCACGCAAAACUGCACUGGAUCACUCGUUUGAUUUUCGGAAGCUUUCCAUUAGCAAUUCAGUGCAGGCUUCAGACAAGUCAUCACGCCGAAAUGUCUGAAUGCUUAGACAAUGCACCUGACUCGGUAAAAACCCGGGACCUCUUGUCGUUCGGACACCUGUCGACCGAGAUCAGAGAUAUAGUCCAAAGUGAUGGAUCAAUUACAAGAGUCGACAGACAAAUUGAAAUAUUGCAACAUCUGGGUAUCAUGUCAUACAUAACACUGGACCGCCAUUCAGAAGAGAAAUUGCAUAGAGCCUUCGGCUUUUAG